UCAAAGGCUGGCUGGCGAAAGCACACUAUUAGAAGGAAAAUAUAUACUGUACACGAUUUCGACACUUGGAGUGAAGGCCUAUGGGUUAGUGGGGGCUGUGAAAGAGUUGGCCCAUCAUGUCAGAAUCAUCGAGACUGAAGAGUACAAUUUACGUCGGGGGACUAGAUCAGGGCGUCACAGCGCAGACACUCGCUGAGGCCUUCAUUCCCUUCGGUGAAAUCGCCGAUAUCACACUGCCUAAACCCGAACUCCCCUCGUCCGCUGAUCUCCAUCGAGGCUUUGGAUAUGUGGAAUUUGAGUUAGCACAGGACGCGAAAGAAGCAAUCGACAAUAUGGAUCAGAGCGAGCUCUACGGGCGGAUUAUCAAGGUCGCAGCUGCGAAACCGCAGAAGGAUAGCAACGAAGGACUUGGAAGCAAGACUGCUAUUUGGGAGCAGGAGGGCUAUCUUGCACAACACGCCGUCAGCGAGGAGGAUAAGCAGGCCGCUGAACAGGCAAGGUCGGCCGUCAAUAGUCGCACAGAUCCAAUGCAAGGCCUAGAGGGCCUGGAUGUCGCCGGACCAAAUCCAGCAUAAAGCUAAGGAGGAUAUAUUGGCGCUUCAGAUUUUCGAUUAACUCGGAUUUUGAUCCACCAAUGCUACAUCCUUCAUGCUUGGAAUGCUAUAUUUACAACAAGUACCACCGGCGCUUCUCUCCUCGCAUAACAAUACACAUUUGAAGAUUGCUGGUGCGUG